GUCCCUCUCUCCUACCCCAACGCCUGUUCACUUGGCCCCUUGAAAGAGCAGAGGCGUUCACUUGGCCCCUUGAAAGAGCAGAGGAAAACAGAACAAUUAAAUAGGGAAAAGGGACAAGGGAAAAGAGAGAAGAAAAAUGGCUCCAGCGAAAUCGGGGCGAAGCUUUCCUUCGAUAACGAAAUGCGAAGGUUCGACGUACGAAUCGAUAGCCGCCGACCUCGACGGCACGCUUUUAAUCUCUCGAAGCUCUUUUCCUUACUUCAUGCUUGUCGCCGUCGAAGCUGGAAGCCUCCUUCGAGGUCUUAUCCUUCUUCUCUCUCUGCCUCUGGUCAUUGUUUCUUAUCUCUUCAUUUCCGAAGCUAUUGGUAUCCAAAUCCUCAUAUUUAUCUCCUUCGGUGGACUCAAGAUCCGCGACAUCGAGCUCGUCUCCCGUGCUGUUCUUCCGAGGUUUUAUGCUGCGAAUGUGAGGAAGGAAAGUUUCGAGGUGUUUGACAGAUGUAAGAGGAAAGUGGUGGUGACGGCGAAUCCGACGUUCAUGGUGGAGCCGUUUGUGAAGGAUUUUCUCGGUGGAGACAAGGUUUUAGGCACAGAAAUUGAAGUGAACCCCAAAACAAAGAAGGCCACGGGGUUUGUCAAGAAGCCUGGGGUUUUAGUCUCGGAGUUGAAGAGACUGGCCAUUUUGAAGGAGUUUGGAGAGGAAUCACCUGAUCUUGGAAUCGGAGACCGUGAAUCUGAUCAUGAUUUCAUGUCAAUUUGCAAGGAGGGCUACAUGGUGCACCCUAGCAAAUCAGCAACACCAGUACCUCUUGAUCGCCUAAAGAGCCGCAUCAUCUUCCAUGAUGGUCGCUUUGUCCAGCGCCCGGACCCGCUCAAUGCCUUGAUCACCUAUAUGUGGCUGCCAUUUGGCUUCAUCCUAUCCAUCGUUCGCGUUUACUUCAAUCUACCUUUACCAGAGCGUAUCGUACGCUACACAUACGAAAUGCUGGGCAUCCACCUCGUGAUCCGCGGGAAGCGUCCUCCCCCUCCAUCCCCUGGGACCCCAGGCAACCUCUACGUCUGCAAUCACCGUUCAGCUCUUGAUCCAAUCGUGAUUGCCAUCGCACUCGGUCGCAAAGUUUCGUGUGUCACGUACAGCGUAAGCCGCCUCUCGAGGUUCCUGUCUCCAAUCCCAGCCGUCGCUUUAACUCGUGAUCGUGCGGCUGAUGCUGCUAGAAUUUCAGAACUAUUGCAAAAAGGUGAUCUAGUUGUGUGCCCAGAGGGGACCACGUGCCGCGAGCAGUUCCUGUUGCGAUUCAGUGCUUUGUUCGCAGAGUUGAGCGAUAGGAUCGUGCCCGUGGCGGUCAAUUGCAGGCAGAACAUGUUUUAUGGUACGACCGUGAGAGGGGUCAAAUUUUGGGACCCUUAUUUUUUCUUCAUGAAUCCUAGGCCAACGUACGAGGUCACUUUCCUUGAUCGUUUGCCGGAGGAGAUGACGGUUAAGGCCGGAGGGAAAUCGUCGAUUGAGGUGGCCAAUCACGUGCAGAAGGUGCUGGGCGAUAUCCUGGGGUUUGAGUGCACUGGAUUGACUAGGAAGGAUAAAUAUCUGUUGCUUGGAGGAAACGAUGGUAAGGUUGAAUCAAUGUACAAUGCCAAGAAAUAAUUUGGGUUGUGGAUUUUCUUAAAGCAUUUGAGUUUAAGAGAAUGAGGUGCUUGAUUCCUUUGAUAAAUUUCUAAACAGAAAAAGUCCUGAGAGGCUUACUGAGUAUUUGUUAAAUGUAUAAUUGUUUAGACUUUGGAUUUCUUUCCUCAUGUAAACCUUGCUAAUGUCUGAUGGAUUAUUAACCAUCUCGAUAAUGAGAUCAUAAAUAGCUAAAGUUUUAUUAGAUUUGAAAGAGGUGGUAUUUGCAC